AUUUAUUAGAGCCACGUGCUGAUUACUCUUGAAUUCUACCUCAUCCAUAUCUUCAAGUUUGGUGUCGAUAAGUUGCUCCAAAAAUCUACUAUAUAUAUACUUGUUAAAUUUGUGAAAUAUUGAUAAAUGAAAACUAAAAAUAAGUAGAAAAAUAUGGGAAAAAAUCAUGAUGGUCUUCCUCUUUUCGAAACCAAAUCUGCCAAGAGGCGUACCCAAUUUAAAUUGUUCAUAGUAUCCAUGUUAGUGGGGAUAUGCUCUAUUUUUGUGUACAGACUAAGGUAUAUGCCAUUCUCAACCAAAGAAGAAGAAGGUGCAGUAGUCAUCUUAUUGGUUUGGAUUGGAUUGUUUGUGUCUGACCUUUGGUUCACUCUUUAUUGGUUUGUCACACUUGUAGUUCGAUGGAAUCCCAUAUAUCGUCACACUUUCAAUGACAGGCUAAUUCUCAAGUAUGGGGAGAAGGAUUUGCCAGGGGUGGACAUAUUUGUGUGCACAGCUAACCCAAAAGCAGAGCCACCGUUAAUGGUGGUGAACACGGUGUUGUCAGUGAUGGCUUAUGACUACCCUCCACACAAGCUUAGCGUCUACCUUUCUGACGAUGGUGCUUCGGAGUUGACAUUUUAUGCUCUGUUAGAGGCCUCUGAAUUCUCAAAGAAAUGGCUUCCUUUCUGUAGCAAGUUCGAAGUAGAACCCAGAUCUCCUGAGGUUUAUUUCACAAACAAUGAAGCUUCUCAACCACUCGAUGAUCAUCAUGGUCAAUGGGCCUCCAUCAAGAGACUAUAUGAGGACAUGAAGAGAAGGAUUGAAAGUGCCACAAAAGCUGGUCAAAUUUCAGAAUCGAUACGUAGGGGACACAAGGGAUUUCGUGAGUGGGACUAUGUCUUAAGCAAACGUGAUCAUCAGACCAUUAUUCAAAUUCUUAUCGAUGGAAGAGACCCCGAGGCUAUGGACAUUGAUGGACAUCCUUUGCCAACUUUAGUAUAUUUGGCACGUGAAAAGAGACCUCAAUACCACCAUAACUUCAAAGCAGGGGCGAUGAACUCACUGAUAAGAGUAUUGGCAAACAUUAGCAAUGCUCCGAUAAUCCUCAACUUAGACUGCGACAUGUAUUCAAACCAUUCUGAAUCAGUGAAAGAUGCAAUGUGCUUCUUUCUGGAUAAAGAGAAGGGCUACGAGAUUGCCUUCGUUCAGUUUCCGCAGGCAUUUGAGAACCUCACCCAGCAUGAUAUUUACAGUAGUUCCUUGAGAGUUAUAAUGGAGGUUGAGCUUCGAGGAUUCGACACUAGUGGAGGUCCUUGCUAUAUUGGCACUGGGUGCUUUCACAGAAGGGAAUCUCUUUCUGGUAAGAAAUACAACGAAGCGAGUAAAGUAAUACUAGACUGGAAAAGAAAGAAUGAAGAUGAGGGAAUUAGUGCAGAAGCUCUUGAAGAAACAACCAAAGUUCUUGCUAGUUGUACUUUCGAAGAGAACACUCAGUGGGGAAAAGAGAUGGGUGUGAUGUAUGGGUGUUUGGUGGAAGACGUUUUAACAGGACUUGUGAUACAGUGUAGAGGAUGGAGAUCAGUUUAUUAUAAUCCAGAGAAAAAGGCCUUUCUAGGAGCUGCUCCUACAACACUGCUGCAAACACUUGUGCAGCACAAGAGAUGGGCUGAAGGAUGUCUUCAAAUCUUUCUCUCAAAGUAUUGUCCCAUGACCUAUGGCUACAAAAAGAUUCCCCUAGGACUUCGAGUUUCAUACUUAGUCUACUUGCUAUGGUCCCUAAACUCCUUUGCUUCACUCUAUUAUGUCACUGUGCCAUCACUCUGUCUACUCAAAGGAAUCUCCUUAUUUCCUCAGAUCUCCAGCAUAUGGGUUGCACCAUUUCUCUAUGUCUUCUUAGGCAACCGAGGGUACAGCCUUGGAGAAUUUCUGAUGUGUGGAGGAACCUACCGGGAAUGGUUGAACAAUCAAAGAAUGUGGCUGUUUAACAGGACAACUUCCUAUUUCUUUACUGUCUUGGACCACAUGCUAAAGUUAUUGGGGUUCACUGAUGAAGCCUUCAUCAUAACUGCAAAGGUAGCUGAUGACGAUGUUUCUGAGAGAUACAAGCAAGAGCUAAUGGAGUUCGGUAUUGCUUCACCAAUGUUUACCAUCUUGACAGCACUUGCAUUGCUUAAUGCCUUGGGUUUUAUCUGGGGAUUGAAGAAGUUAAUCUUCACUCAACAGAGUUUGUAUAUGAACCCAUUUGCACUGCAGGUCGUUCUUUCUGGUCUGCUGGUUUUCGUCAACCUGCCAAUUUACGAAGCCAUCUUUUUAAGAAAGGAUAAGGGUAGACUGCCCAACUCAGUGAUUUACCAGUCAAUUAUGCUCACUUUAGUUGCAUGCUCCAUCGUUCUUUAUUAGAAUCAUUGGUAAAGAUAACUUAAUAUUUUAAUUAAUGACCAGUAAUUGAUCAAGCCGACUUGAAGUACCCUGCUCAAUGUAUUUGUAAUUGAAUAAGCUGAACCUUCAUGUGAUGUAUUCUUUGGACCAA